UUUUAUCGUUUAUCGAUUUGAUCCGUCACUGACGCUAUUUAUCCCAAUUAAAUGACGCCAUAGCUUCAGGAUAAACAGGUUCAGGGUUUCUGCGGUCACAUUUUUAAUGUGUGUAAAGAAAAGCCUGCCCCUUCCCCCGCCUCCCGGACACACGGUAGGAGGGCAGACUGCGAGCAGAACAGGCAGAAGAUUGUUUUGUUGUGAACUGACUGUUUACCGAGAGCAAACUUUAGUACUAACAGCUAACGUCAAAUAAAACAGCGCGCGGAAAAAACAAGUUUUGCAUCCGCUUGUUGCAAAGCUAUUCACGUUAGCUUUAUCAAUAUGGUGACUUUGUCAUCCGUAAUAAGACCUUUCGCCUCCCAGCUUCACCGACAGCUCGUCAGACACGCCAACCGUCACCGGAUAACGCCCGUCCGGAGAUGCAACCUCGCGGCAUGUUCCAGCAAAUAUGUGCUGUCACAGAUGCAUCCCAUGUGGCAGGAACCCCUCGCGAUACCAGGAGGCGAUCGCCAGUCUCCCAUCGACAUCGUGGUCCGGAAGAGCGUCUACGAUUCGGAGCUGAAGCCUCUGGUCACUGAUUACGACCCGCAGACCUGCCAACAGAUCUGGAACAACGGCUACUCCUUCCUGGUGGAAUAUGAUGACACCACAGACAAGUCCACGGUGAAAGGUGGCCCUCUGCAAGACAAAUACCGGCUGUGCCAGUUCCACUUCCACUGGGGGGAGAGCAACGCCUGGGGGUCGGAGCACACCGUGGACAGGAAGCUGUUCCCUGCAGAGCUCCACUUGGUGCACUGGAACUCUGAUAAAUACAGUUUGUUUGAGGAGGCCGUGAUGGAGGAAAACGGGCUGGCUGUCAUUGGAGUCUUUCUGAAGGUGGGAAAGAGACACGAAGGGCUGCAGAAACUGGUAGACGCCCUGCCUGCUAUCAGACACAAGAACAGUGUGGUGGAUUUUAACCGGUUCGACCCAGCCUGUCUGUUACCCAGCAACACUGACGACUACUGGACCUACCACGGCUCUCUGACCACCCCCCCUCUCACUGAGUCCGUCACCUGGAUGGUGAUGAAGCAGCACAUCGAAGUCAGCCAUGAACAGCUGGCGGUGUUCCGCAGCCUUCUCUUCACCUCAGCUGAUGAGGAAGUGCAGAAGGGCAUGGUGAACAACUUCCGCGUGCAGCAGUCUCAGUGCGGCCGCACCGUGCGCUCCUCCUUCUCUCCCUUCCUGCAGGAGGCGCCGUCGGCUGAAGAGGACAAACACUGACGCUGCUGGAGCCAGAACACACAGUAAAACACACCUUUACUCUGUGCCCGGACUCUGCUUUCCUUUUUUACUCUGUCACCACAAACACCAAUUUUUAAGCUUGAUGACGUUUCAUCACAGGAUCUUCAGUUUUACUGCAAAUGGAUUUAUUUUUUAAUACAAACCAUUUUUGAUUUUGGUGCGGACUAAUUCGCAAGAAAGGAUGGUUGCUGUGGGGGAAAUACUUUGUUUAACUGACUUUUCUUUAACAGACAUCCUAUUUAUUCUACAUUAACAGUCCAUUAGUUACAGCACAUGUGGGUUUUACCUUCAGCUCAGCGUAGAACGAGCUUAUGAAACAAAUCAGCAGCACCAUGUGCUGGCUGCAGUCUGUGCUACACCUCUCACUUCCUCUGUGAUGUUUAUAUCCAUAAAAUGAUACAGCAGGAAGCCCAGGAGAUGUAAAAAUAGAAAAGGAGUUAUCACUGUUAUACGUGUCUCUCCAGUAGAAUACACAAUAUAUCAUCAAGGGCUUUUAAUCCUGUAUGGCGGGUUGUUGGGUUUAUCGUAGAUGUUAUCAUGUAUACAUUAAUAAGAUGAUUAGAAUGUAUGUUUGUAAAUGUGUUACAAAGAGAUGAUACUGUGUACAGGACAUCUGACAUUCAGAAACCCUAGUUUCUUACAGUAUGUGACGUUCAAACAUCCCUCACAUACAGAAGGGUUUUAAAAGAACCAUUACUUUGCGCACAAUAAUGCCAGGUCACUGUAGCACAUAAAUGCAUUUUAGGAAAAAGCUGAUUGAGAGAAGCAGUUCCCUCCCAAUAUCCUUCUUUCUUUCUCUUCUUUUUUACUGAAGUUUAAAGUAUUCAAACUACAGUGCCUUAAAUAUUCCGAAUCACUGCCAUGAGUUUCACCAAUACAGGACUUCAGGACACUGGUAGAGGAAUUGUUUAACCCAGUGGUUCCCAACCUUUUUCAGUCAGGCCCCCCUUGUGUAAUUGGAAAUAUUUCCGAGCCCCCCCUAAUCUGGUUCCCACCGAGAUUGGUAGAAUUAAUUGUAUAUAGUUGUACAAACAUUACAUUUUCUCUGCUAAUAAUAACAAGAUAAAACGGUCCAACUAUAAUUUUAUAUUUUAUUAUGGAUUGAACAUGAACCAAAGUGCUUGUAAUGGCAGAUGACCCUGUGCCACUGUGAAAUAAUGAGGCCUAAUUGAAACAAUUACAAUCGAUCUGGUUCUUUAACAGUAUUUUUAUUAUAGGUUCUUUCUGUUCUUUUUUAGGGGGAAAACUAAACAAAGUAGAAACAGAAUUCACAUUGAUUCAUUUUAUGCAUAGUGUGGAUUAUGGGCUGCGAGCACAAAUAACAUAGUCCUACCUGUAGUGGUGGUAGUAAGUAGAUUUACUCAAGUACUGUGCUUAUAUUGAGGUACUUAAGUAUAGGGAUGGGUACCGAGACCCGGUAUUAAACGGGCCCCGGGGCUGAAUUAUUAAACACCGUGGUACCGUUAAAC